AUGUCUCGCGCAAUGACAAAACUUAAACCUCAAGAAAUGUCAUCAUGCAGUUGGAAAGCUAAGAUAAUUAUGGCUUCUGUGACUACUUUGCCAUUGAAGAUUACUCACAAGGCUUCCUUAGAUCAGAACCUCAAGAAUGCUGUAGUGGAGUUAAUGAAAGCUAGGGUAGUUUAUGGUCUCAGAAGAAUCCUUUCUUCUGUGAGUGAGCUUCGUGACUAG